CGGGCCGCGCGGGCGGGGCGGGCGCGCUGCGGGCCGUGCGCGCGGCGAUGUGAGAGCGGCGGCGCCGGGCCCUGUCCGCGCCCCCGGCCGCGCUCUCUCCGUCCCUCCUCGCCCGCGCCGUCUCCGCGGCUCCCGCCGGCCCCCGCGGGCCGGGCCCCGCGUUAUGUCGUGAUCCCGGGCGGGCGGCGCUGCUGCUGCUGCUCAUGGGGCUGCUCAGGAUUAUGCUGCCGCCCAAGUUGCAGCUGCUGGCGGUGCUGAUCUUCGGGGUGGCCGUGCUGUUCCUGGAGAACCAGAUCCAGAAGCUGGAGGAGUCCCGCGGCAAGCUGGAAAGGGCUAUUGCAAGGCACGAAGUCAGAGAAAUAGAGCAACGUCACACAGUCGAUGGUCCCCGACAAGAUGUGACACUGGAUGAAGAAGAUGAUGUGGUGAUUAUUUACAACAGAGUACCCAAGACUGCCAGCACAUCCUUCACAAACAUUGCCUAUGAUCUCUGUGCGAAGAACAAAUACCAUGUUCUGCAUAUCAAUACAACCAAAAAUAACCCUGUUAUGUCUCUGCAAGAUCAGGUGCGGUUUGUGAAGAAUGUGACUUCGUGGAAGGAGAUGAAGCCGGGAUUUUACCACGGCCAUGUCUCGUACCUGGACUUCGCCAAAUUUGGUGUUAAAAAGAAACCAAUUUACAUAAAUGUCAUAAGAGACCCUAUAGAACGCCUAGUUUCUUAUUAUUACUUUCUGCGCUUUGGAGAUGAUUACAGACCAGGGCUACGGAGGCGAAAGCAGGGGGAUAAAAAGACCUUUGAUGAAUGUGUGGCAGCUGGAGGUUCCGACUGUGCUCCAGAGAAACUUUGGCUUCAAAUUCCAUUCUUCUGUGGCCACAGCUCAGAAUGCUGGAAUGUGGGAAGCAGAUGGGCUUUGGAACAAGCCAAAUACAAUCUGAUUAAUGAAUACUUCCUAGUGGGAGUUACUGAAGAGCUUGAAGACUUUAUCAUGUUAUUGGAGGCAGCUUUGCCCCGGUUCUUCAGGGGUGCUACAGAACUGUACCGGACAGGAAAGAAGUCGCAUCUUAGGAAAACAACUGAGAAAAAACUUCCCACAAAAGAAACUAUUGCCAAGCUACAGCAGUCUGAAAUCUGGAAAAUGGAGAAUGAGUUCUAUGAAUUUGCACUGGAGCAAUUUCAGUUUGUCAGAGCACAUGCAGUUCGGGAAAAAGAUGGAGAAUUGUAUAUUCUGGCUCAAAACUUUUUCUAUGAAAAGAUUUACCCUAAAUCAAACUAAGAAUGCUAUACUGUUAGAUUUAUGGACCUAAAUCUUUGGCCACAUCAUCAUCUUAGUCCUCAGCCAUGGAAACUAGAUUGCUUGUAAACCUCCAAGACAUUUCUUUAUACAAGCAAAGUGGGUUGUGGAUCACCUCCAGGGCUUUGGAUGUAGCUGUGUUGGUAAUCCAGAAGCAAAGGCUUAAUUUCUUUUAUCUAACUAAUAUUUUCAGUGGGAGUCAAUAUCCUUAACCUGAAGAAAUCUACACUGUAAUUCGGAGCAAUUAAUACACAGCAGUUCUAUUUGAAAAUGUAAGCAAUCAAAAAACCACUUCUGUUGAUGCUCUUUUUAAUUUUCAGAGCAAUUUAUUUUCAUUUAUACUUCUGUGAAGAGGAAAUCAUUUUUCCCCAGCUUUCAACAUGGAAAUUUUGGUUGUAUACAGUAUGAGUAAUCCUAAUAACUCAUUGACAUCUGUGCUUUGUUUUAGUGAAUUAUGUCACAUGAUAUUAAUUGGGAUGGUUAAUCAUGUUCUGCUGAGAAAUGCUGCUACUGGAAUUUCCCAUAUUUAUAUAUGUGGUUUUAUUAAAAAAUUAAAACUA